AUGGCUCAAAACUGGCACCCGGCCGUUCAGGUCGUCAUCAACGGCCAUCCUCAAGCGCAAGCUCAUGCUCCCAGCGGGCAGGCUCGCCGCUGGCAAAGGCCGUUGGCUGUGGAGGAGGCGUUGCAGUACUCUCCUAUGUCCAGCUCGCCGAUCUUCGGUUUAGAUUGCAUCCUACGCCCGGACGUCGGUCGACCCCCCAAUACGACCUCCAUUAAUCACAUCCUCCAGUCCGGCCGUACAGCCUUAAGUCAGCUCAAUGGCGAAAUCCAAUCGGGACGAGAUGAGUCGAAUCGCUUGGAGACAUCUCGGGAAUACUUGCAGCAGUUGUUGGAUGGUGAUCAGUUGACCGAAUUCAAGUUCAAGCUGCCGACAAGCUCGAUUAGCGCCCAGCAAUCACCUUCGACAGCGGCCAACGACCAUGUCGCCAGCAGCAACAAGCUUGGCUCAUUUGCGAAGAUGAUGUUGGAUGCUACGGAUAUUGCUUUUCGAUAUCCUACGCCUGAUGAUAUGGAACCGCUGCACAAGCCUACUUUCUUUAACGAAAAGCAACCUUCCGUCGCACAUAGACCUGCACCCACACCCUCAUCCCGACCGAGUCAACAGACAAGUCAACUGUCGGUGGUGAUCCCCGUCAAACCACUGCCACCCCAUAUAGACGAACACGGCAUGUCGAAGAAGAGAAAGCUCAAUGCUGAUGGGGGCGAGAACCUUACGGCCAUCCGACUGAAAGACCAAAAGGAAGAGGCAGACGCUGCCCUAGUCAAGUUGCAGGACAUGCUUCAUGAGAUCUUCGAGUUCGAGGAUCAGCUCGACCCCAGUACAUCCUCCGGUGCGGCUGCUGAACAGACAAACGUGGUUUUUACUACACCUCAUGCACUCGAGGUGAACGGACCUAUCCUUUCGUCCGAUGCCCAUACGCGGCUACAGAAGGCAAUCAAGAAAGUGGUUGGGUACAAUCGACUCCAGGAUAUCCCAUCGGACUAUCUUAAUAGGAUCCAGAAGCUUUGUGAAAAGCCAAUCAUUGCUGCCCAAUCGCCGGAUCUGAGAAUAGACGAUCCCUCGAAUGAGUCUGAAACGCAGGAUUGGUUAAGAAAAUUGGAUGACAUGCAAAAUGCUCUUCUUGCUAUUGGGAGUCUUCUACAAACAAUGUCUGGGACCCAGACGGAACGAGAUCUUUGUCCAGAGGAUUUGAUUGAAGCCAUACCGAAUGUUUUUAACCAAGUCUUUGAUCACUGUAUCAUCCCGGCUGUCCAGGCACGUCCUGGAGGCAAGGAUGCGAAGUAUUUUGAGUUCUUCUCUGCUCAGAAACGGGUUCUUGGUUCAUUAAUCCAGCAAAGCAAAAAAGUACUUGCUCUCUUCGCAGAUUUCCUCUCGCGGAUUGACGUCUCAGAAGGAACAGUCACCGCCGCAGAGUUUUUCGCAGCUAAGUUAAUAUUCGUCGAGAACUCUCACACGGAGAAGGACUCUACUGUCGGUGUCCAAAAAUACGAGUCGGUUCGACGUGGAGCCAUGGAUGUACUGGCCAAGAUUUUCUCCAAGUAUCCCGCCCAGCGCCCAUACAUCCUGGACGAAAUCCUUGUAUCACUCGAAAAGCUUCCAUCUACCCGGCAGAGUGCCAGGCAGUUUAAACUUGCCGACGGCAAGAAUAUCCAACUUCUGACUGCAUUGGUCAUGCAACUGGUGCAGACGACUGCUCUGGACGUUCCCAACUCAAGGGCGUCUCGAAUGAGGCGCAAGCCACCUGGAUCGGCCGAAGAUGAGGACGAUGAUGAAGUGCUUGGCGAUAGCCAGGGGGUAGAUGAUGAUCAGUCGAACAUGUCCAUGGAGCAGCUUGCAACGAAGGUCAACCGUCUACACGAUAACGCAGUACGCAGUGCCCAGUACAUUGUUAAAUUCAUCGUUCAACGAGCGAUGACAUCUACCAAGACCGGCGAUCAGCCUUAUCGAAAUAUUUUCGACCUUUUCACCGAAGACUUAAUCAGCGUCCUAGGUUCCACAGAUUGGCCGGCUGCGGAAUUGCUUCUUCGUAUCAUGGCCUCUCACAUGGUUGGUAUCGCCGAACAGGACAAAAGUUCUGCGACAGCAAAAAGCAUGGCUCUUGAGCUUCUAGGGUGGAUGGGAUCGGCCAUUUCUGAUCUUAUAGUGACUGCUCAGCAUCUGCUGCCUGCCAUGGAGGAGUCUGAUAGCGAUCUCAGCGAAUCCCUCAAACAGCUGUUCGAAGAGUAUUCGAGCCGCGCUUUGCAUCCACAAGACCUCGUUGUCGCCGAAGGCCCUUAUCGGAUGACGCUUGAGUAUUUCAUUCAAGACCGCAGUGUAGACAACUGGCAGCUUGCUAGUGCUCGCGGAUUCUAUCUCACCCAGUGGUCCAAAACCUUCUGUUCCGUUUACUACAACUCUGAAGACAAGGACGAAGUCAUGUACGACGACGCGACUGAAGACCUAAUUUCACUCUUCUCCAAUCUUUUCUCCGACCCAUUAUGGCUUGAGACGCACAGACAAUUCAACACCGUUCCUACGGCGCAUGGCAAGUUUGCAUACAUCCUGACUGUCUUGAACUCAGGGUUCUGCAAAGCUUUCGACACAAUUCUCAAAGUUUUGCUCAACUCGAUUGCGAGUGACCAAGCCAAAGUUCGGAGUCGUAGUUUGAAGAGUGUAAUCUACAUGCUCGAGAAGGAUCCAAGUCUUCUCGAUAGAGAUGCCUCGGUCAUGCGGGUAAUCCUCCGCUGUGCCACUGACGCAUCUCCAAUGGUCCGCGAUUCGGCGCUGUCCUUGAUCGCAAAAUGCAUUGCAUUGAAGCCGAAGUUGGAAGAGGACGGCUGUCGGGCUAUCUUGACCUGCGCCGCUGAUCCGACUGCCGGUGUACGGAAGCGCUGCAUCGGACUUCUGAAGGAUAUCUACCUCAAUACGUCGCGUACUGAGCUGAAGCUUGCGAUCAUGGAUAGCUUUCUGCAACGUACAGGCGACUUGGAAGAUAGCGUGGCGACUUUGGCGCGACAAACAUUCGAGGAGAUCUGGCUGACUCCCUUCCACGGACUCAUCGACUCUGCUCAGGAUGGCCCGAAACUCAAGGUCGGUCUUGAUGAGAGGGUAACACUCAUAGUCAGCCUGGUUCAGCGAAGUGAAACAGCGCUCGACACCUUGAACAACUGUCUUAAGAAGGUUCUAUCCGAAACCUCCAAGACAGCGUCUUUGAACUUCAAAGUAUGCAAAGCAAUGGUCUCUACGAUGUUUGAGAAGCUGGUCGAAGGUACCGAUUCAACGAAGGAAUUCCAGCAAGCGCUUUUGCAAACAAUCACUGUUUUUGCAAAGGCCAACGCAAAGUUGUUCCGACCUGACCAACUGGAGACUUUGCAUCCUUACAUUGGACACCUGGCCACGGCGGAGGAUCUUUUCCUUUUCCGCUCGGUGGUAGUCAUCUACCGAUGCGUAUUGCCAUAUUUGUCGUCCGCCCACAAUACCCUGCUAAGGGAGGUGCAGAACGAUCUUUUUAAGAGCGUUGCAAAGCUUGCUCGCUCAGAGCUGAACGAAGUGAUGGCGUGCCUCUGGACUAUCAACGGAGUUCUACACAAUACUGACCGGCUGGUAAAGCUAACCAUUUCCGUGCUGAAACCGAUACAGCACUACAAAAACAUAGAUCUUUCGGAUAGUGCGAACGCGGCAGUCUUAGCCAGAGCCAAAAGCUACAUUCGCAUUGCAGGCUGUGUUGGCAGACACUGCGAUCUUGAAAAGUACGAGCCGCAUUUCAAGAAUGCAUUCCCGUCGUGGGGCGGGGGCUCAGUGGCUGGUCUAAUGGUGGAUGCCAUUAUACCCUUCACCGUUCAGAAACAGCCGCUUGAACUGAGGGUCAUGUCACUGGAGAGUUUGGGAUCGAUUUGCCAGUCCUGGCCAGGCCAAUUCAGUCGUGAUAACCCAAGGCAGAUUCUGUCCAUGGUCUUCAAGGAAGAUAAUCCGAGUCUGCAAAACAUUGUGCUGAGGUCAUUCUCGGAAUUCUUCGCAAUGCACGAAGGCAAGGCCGAGAAGACUGUGCUACCUGCUGCUGAGAUUGCCGAGCAGGAGAGCGCCACGCGACUAGGAGGUUCUUUGAAGGCCAGCGACAACGAUGGUGCCGCUGCUUUGAUUGCCCAGCACUUUUUGCGGAGCAUGCUUCGAGUUGCACAAUCGCGGCAAGACUCGUACGCUCUGACUGCCAUUGAGCUGAUUGCUAGUAUCAACCGUCAAGGAUUGGUUCACCCUAAGGAAUGUGCUGGCGUCCUUGUCUCGUUGGAGACAUCAACUGUUCCAGCGAUUGCGAAGGUUGCGUUCGAUACUCACAAGAUGCUUCACCAGCAGUACGAGUCGAUGUUCGAAAGAGAAUACAUGCGUGCUGUUCAGGAAGCUUUCUACUACCAGCGCGAUGUGGUCGGAGACCCCAGUGGUGCAUCAAGCCGCCCGUACAUUGCCAAACUUGCGCCGCUGUUUGAUAUCAUUAAAAUCAGCAACAGUCGCUACCAGAGAAAGUUUCUCUCGAACUUGUGCUCGAAAGUUGAUUUUGAACUGAAAAAGCUGGAAGCCACUGGUGACCCGCCCGAGCAUCUCUUACUAUCGCGGUUUGUGGCGCAGAACCUCGCGUUCUUCGAUUACAACCAACUUGCCGAACUCGUACCGACAAUCGGCUGCAUGGAACGCAUUGUGUCUGCGACUGGGACAGUUGUCGCCCACUCAAUUGAGACCGACAUCUUUACUGCUAAGGCGGAGCCCACUACCGUGGAGGGAAUGCCUGCUCCUGCACCAGAGGGUUCAGAAACUCUGGCACCCUUGCAGCAGUAUAAUCCCGCUACCCUGCGGCUUUUGGCUACUGCUGCUGCAUCCCUUUCCAUGCUCUGGGAAGCACGGACCUAUCUCCGCCGCUUAUAUGGUGUCACAGCGAACGCACGCGUCAAAGAGGCCAAAGCUGCAUCGAAGGAGCUCAGCAAGUCAGCCACGAAGGUCCAUGGCGUGACUGGUGACAAGUUCUGGGAUGCUAUCGCUCGGAAUAUGAACGCCUUGAGCAGCGAGCAGAGCAUGAUCGAUAAGUGCCGCGAGUUUGCAACUUUGCUUAACAUCGACGACGAAUUCAAGGUUGGAGGUGAUGAAGAUGCCGAGGGGGACAAUCUGGACGCGGCCACCGACAUGGAUGACCCAGCAGCCGGCUGGGGCACAGCUGGUGGACCCCGGCCGGGGAAGCGCAAGAACUCCAUGUCCGGACAGAGUCCUGUCAAGCGUCCCCGGGGCCGAAAGCCUGGCUCUGGCAAGAAACGGGCCAGUACGGAGCCAGGAGCAGAAGAGUCGGACUGGAAUUAG